AUGUUUAUAAAUGGGUGUAUGCAAUUGAAGUUGCUAUCAAUGGUGGAACAAAAGUUGCAGAAGAUGAAUUUGUUGUCUCAACAGAACUACUGGUGUGGCAGUUGCUUAAACUGGAUACUAACCAGUCUGAAGGAGAAGCUCCAGUUCAACGGAAAGAUCAGGUAG